AUGUCUCUGCAAAAAGGCACAACAGACUCAAGACAUAUGGAAGACUAUAAAGAUUCCAGUCUUUCCGGCGGCCGGAAUCCAAAUGGCGGCCCUCCACGGCGACGCGGGCCCUCCCGCGGAUAUACUGCCGGUCCCGCGGUUUUGGUACUGACGGUUCUCGCGGGGUUAUCGUGGUGGUUGCUCCCAGUAUCGAUGGAACGAGAGAUCAACCUAUCGCAUGACUUACCAGAGCCUCAAUUUGCUUGGAAUCAGAUCACACCGUCUGAAGCGCUGGAGUACCAUGACUGCUUUGGUGAAUUUCAAUGCGCGCGCCUUGACGUCCCGAUGGAUUGGCAUCGGUCAGACGGCCAAGGAGCUCGUGUGGCUAUUGCUGUCACUCGGCUGCCGGCCAAGGUUCCCGUGACGGACCCUCGAUACGGUGGAGCGAUAGUAGUCAACCCUGGCGGCCCUGGUGGCUCCGGAGUCACCCAGGUCCUUCUCAGCGGCCACAACCUACAGACAAUUGCAGAUGCAAGCGUUCUGCCGUCGUCGGAUGUCGGAGAUGCCCCGAAGUACUUUGAUAUCAUCGGGUUCGACCCUCGCGGCGUCAACAACACUACACCGGGGUUUAGUUGUUUUCCCAAUCUCUUCUCCCAAAGAAACUGGGAACUUCAAGCCGAGGCGGACGGGAUGCUCGGCAGCUCGGCAGACUCGUUUAUGCGAAACUGGCAGCGCGCCAUUGCUCUAAACAUUGGAUGUUCACAGGGUCUCUCCACUCCAUCUGCCGAAGGCGAUAUCCUGGGAGAGCAUCUUAACACUCCUCCAGUGGCCCGGGAUGUGCUUGAAAUUGUUGAGCGGCAUGGCGAGUGGCGGGAGAAACAGGCCCAACGGCAAUAUGACAACUGCGACCAUGACUCCGACGAAUUCAUGCUUACUCGAACGAAAUGGCGCCGCGGACAAGAGAAGCUUAUCUACUGGGGCCGGUCCUACGGGACCGUCAUUGGCGCAACAUUUGCAGCCCUGUAUCCAGACCGUGUUGAACGGAUGGUAUUGGACGGCGUGGUUGAUGCGCGGAAGUACUAUUCUGGGGUUGGCCCGGAGCCUAUUGCCGAUGCAGACAACGUAUUUGAUAAACUUAUAGUUUACUGCGACAAGAUGGGAGAAGGCUGUCCUUUCUACGUAGGAGGGGGCCCUGCCGCCAUCAAAGAGGCCUACAAGGACAUAGAGAACAGUCUCUUCAAUACAUCCCUGGCAGUUCAGCCAUCUGCGACGCGCGGUCCGGAAGUGGUGACAUGGACGGACUUGAAGACUAUCCAGCGGAUUGCUAUAUAUCAGCCUUUGAUGGCAUUCUCGUAUCUUGCAGGGGCCGCCAGCGAUCUUGUCAAAGGAGAUGGUUCGGCCCUGGCUGAGUUUAAACACGGCAGACGGGCACCCGUUUGCCCAUCUGCCGAGUGUUUGAUCUCUGGCCCCUGGUCACCCGAUUGCCAAGGAACUGGGCAGAAUGAACUGUACGCGAUGUCCGCCAUUCUCUGCGGUGACGCGGACUACAUGCAGGGUGUGGAUGAGGAGGGUUUCAUCCAGAAUUUGCGGAGCCUCCGCGAGCUUAGCAGUACCUUUGGCAAUUACUGGGCCCAUACGCGUCUGAAUUGUGUCGGGUGGAAGGCGAAGCCCAAAUGGAGGAUGUCCGUUCCUGUCACUGGGAACACUUCUCACCCGAUACUCUUAGUAAAUAACAUCCUCGACCCAGUUACUCCCCUGCAAAGUGCGAAGACGAUGUCGGCGGCUUUUCCGGGGUCGGUUUUACUGCGGCAAGAUUCGGAGGGGCAUUGCACCCUCGCAGCACCCUCGACGUGCAUAGCCCAGUCCAUCCGCAAGUAUUUCCAGAACGGCAAGCUCCCGGUGCCGGGGACGGUUUGCGACGCAGAUCUGAAACCACUGCUCGGCGCACCGAACAAGAUGGACAACGAAGACAAGACCCUCGACGAAAUCGCCCUGGACAAGGCGCUGCUGGACGAAGCGCUGCGACCGAGGACGCAAUUCCCAUUAUAG